AAAAGUUAAAGAUUAAAAAUCAAGAAGAAGAAAGGCAAACAACAACUGUGAAACACGACUUGGCCAUCACACAACAACAACAAAAAAAAAACUAAGCGUUGAAAAUUGUGUGCAAGUGUUUGUAUCGAUCGGUUGAGAAGUGCCUCUCUUGUUUUCUGAUUCUCUCUCUCUCUCCCUUUCUCUCUUUUAUUGUUCUUUACACAUUCUUCUUCUACUUUAAUUUUUUUUUCUCACCUUCUUGUCUCUUCUUCCAUGGCCAUCGGUGAAAAUACACAAAGAGGAGAUAAUAGUUUUAAUUUAAUAUAAAUCAUAUUUUUUUGCGUAGGUGGUUUGAUUAAUGAAGCUAUCGCCUCUGAGUUUCUCAACCUCAUCGAGUUUCAGUCACGGCGCAGAUGAAACACACGACGUCGACGGCGUGGAGCUAAGACCUUCGCCAGUCACCGGCGGCGCAAUGCUGCCGGUUUUUCUCAACGGUUUAAGUCGUAAUGGAGACUCGGGAAGCGGAAGCAGCUGGGAAAGAGAGCUCGUGGAGGUGACUCUAGAGCUCGACGGCGACAGCAACUCCAUCGUCGUCUGCGGAAUGUCGGAGGCCGCAACGUCUGCCGAUUCUCGGCCGAGAUCAGGAAGGUUAACGCGGAGUCUAUCCACGACGCCGACGAGGAUCCGGCAGACCAUCGGGAGGUUACUAAGAUCGGACUCGACGAGAACUACGACUUCUUCAGCCUCCUGCGAUAGAGAUGUCGAACGCCAUACGGCGGCGGAGACGGCGGGGAAGCUAACGAGGAGUCUUUCGACGGCGUCCGCGAGGAUCAGGAAGACGUUUGGGAAGCUGCUGAGGUCGGACUCGACGGCUUCUAGAGAUGUCGAACGCCUGGGGGCGGCGGGGACUGAGACGCCGAUCAUGUCCGCGAGGGAUAGGCGGAGGGUAGACGCGAAGUUGCAGCGAACGACGUCGAGCGCACAGAGAGCGCUUAAGGGGUUACAGUUCAUAAACAAAACCACGAAAGGAAACAGCUGCGGUUGCGAUCGCGACUGCGAUUGCGAUCAGAUGUGGAAGAAAGUUGAGAAGCGAUUCGAAACGCUCUCUAAAGAAGGGUUGCUUGCGCGAGAAGAUUUCGGAGAGUGCGUUGGGAUGAAGGAUUCGAAGGAGUUCGCGGUGAGUGUGUUCGACGCUUUGGCUAGAAGAAGAAGACAGAAGCUGGAGAAGAUAACAAGAGAUGAGCUUCACGACUUCUGGUUACAGAUUUCUGAUCAGAGCUUCGACGCGCGUCUUCAAAUCUUCUUCGAUAUGGUUGACAGCAACGAAGACGGGAGGAUCACUAGUGAAGAAAUCAAAGAACUUUUAAUGCUAAGCGCAUCAGCAAACAAGUUAGCAAAGCUCAAGGAACAAGCAGAAGAGUACGCAUCUCUAAUAAUGGAAGAACUCGAUCCAGAGAAUCUUGGAUACAUUGAGUUAUGGCAACUCGAGACACUGUUACUUCAGAGAGACGCAUACAUGAACUACAGUAGACCGCUCAGCACGACAAGCGUUGGAAUGAGUGGAAUGAGUUCACCAAGACGGAAUCUCAUUAGACCUCGUCAUGUGGUUCGGAAAUGUAAACAAACGCUUCAGUGUUUGGUUCUAGAUAACUGGCAACGAAUAUGGGUUCUGUUAUUAUGGGUCAUUGUUAUGGCCCUUCUCUUCGUCUGGAAGUUUUUUCAGUACAGAGACAAAGCUGCUUUUAAGGUCAUGGGCUAUUGUUUAACCACUGCUAAAGGAGCUGCAGAGACUCUCAAGCUCAACAUGGCUCUGGUUCUGUUACCUGUCUGUAGAAAUACCCUGACUUGGCUAAGGUCUACACGCGCUCGAGCUUUUGUUCCGUUUGAUGAUAACAUCAACUUCCAUAAGAUUGUUGCUUGUGCCAUAGUGAUUGGGAUACUUGUUCAUGCUGGUACUCACUUGGCGUGUGAUUUUCCACGGAUUAUAAACUCGAGUCCGGAACAUUUUGCAUUGAUCGCUUCUUAUUUCAACGGUGUUAAGCCCACAUUCAAAGACCUGAUGACAGGUGCAGAAGGAAUCACUGGGAUCUCUAUGGUGAUCUUGACAACCAUCGCUUUCACAUUAGCAUCAACUCAUUUCAGGAGAAACCGUGUGAGGCUACCGGCACCACUUGACCGGUUAACUGGCUUUAACGCCUUCUGGUACACUCAUCACCUUCUAGUGGUUGUCUACAUUUUGCUCAUUGUGCAUGGGACCUUCCUCUUCUUCUCUGAUAAGUGGUAUCAGAAAACUACUUGGAUGUACAUCUCGGUUCCUCUGGUGGUCUAUGUGGCAGAACGAAGUCUGCGAGCUUGUAGGUCACAGCAUUACUCUGUCAAAAUCCUCAAGGUUUCUAUGCUACCUGGGGAAGUACUCAGCUUAAUCAUGUCAAAGCCUCCUGGAUUUAAGUACAAGAGCGGUCAAUACAUAUUCUUGCAGUGUCCAACAAUCUCUAGAUUUGAAUGGCAUCCGUUUUCUAUUACCUCUGCGCCAGGAGACGACCAACUUAGUGUUCAUAUCCGAACACUCGGAGACUGGACAGAGGAGCUACAACGAGUUCUAACAGUGGGCAAAGAUCUUUCAACAUGUGUUAUUGGCAGAUCCAAAUUCUCUGCCUAUGGCAAUUCUGAUCCAUCACAACGACCUAAACUAUUAGUAGAUGGUCCAUAUGGAGCUCCAGCACAGGACUACAAAAAAUAUGAUGUCUUGCUCCUCAUUGGAUUGGGGAUAGGAGCUACUCCUUUCAUAAGCAUUCUCAAGGAUCUACUGAACAAUUCAAGAGAAGAACAAACGGUAAGCGAUAUUCAGUGCACCCAGAGAAACCUUUGCACCAAAAUACAUAAUAUCUCUAAACUUGUUAUGGCGCAGGAAAAUGAGUUCAGCAGAUCAGAUUUCAGCUGUAAUAGCUAUUCAUCUUCAUAUACCACAGUAACCCCAAGUUCAACACAAGGAGGGAAAAAGAAAUCAGUGAAGGCUCACUUCUACUGGGUCACAAGGGAGCCAGGAUCGGUCGAAUGGUUUAGAGGAGUUAUGGAGGAAAUAUCAGACAUGGACUGCAGAGAGCAAAUUGAGUUGCACAACUACCUUACAAGCGUGUAUGAUGAAGGAGAUGCAAGAUCAACCCUAAUAAAGAUGGUCCAGGCUUUGAACCAUGCCAAACAUGGAGUUGAUAUUCUAUCCGGAACACGGGUGAGAACACAUUUUGCAAGGCCAAAUUGGAAAGAAGUCUUCAGUAGCAUAGCAAGAAAGCAUCCAAAUUCAACAGUCGGAGUGUUUUACUGUGGCAUACCAACCGUGGCAAAGGAGUUGAAGAAACAAGCACAAGAAAUGAGUCAGAAAACAAGCACACGGUUUGAGUUCCAUAAAGAGCAUUUCUAAUUCACAUGUCAGCUUCGAUCAUCACUUUCCCUUUUGAGUGAGAGCUUGAAAGUCAAGCCAGCCAUUAUUUUUUUUCCCAUGCUAACUUGACAUUCACUUAGCAAAAUAGAUUACAUUCACUAUGUCGUAUGGAAACAUUGUUCCUGCAUGUUUGUAUAGACCGGCCUAAAGCCAUGAUCAAAAUAACAACCAGUAUAACUUUCUUUUA